AUGGACACAGCAUGCCAGGAGCAGCAAGGCAUGGCAGUUUCCCUUGGCACUGCGAACAUACCAAGGAGGAAUCUCACUGCUCAGGAGCGGUGGAAGCCCAGGAAGCUCUCCAAGGGCGUUCACUGCUGCCCGGGGCUCCAAUCAGACCCAGGAGGCUUGGCUGGCUGGCUUAUAAAUGCAAAGCAGGGAGUGUUGCAAAGUGAAAGUGCCUGUGGGCUUCUCCCUGGUGGACUUGCGGGGAGGGAGAUGAGCUCCCGGGCACCCCUUCCAGGAAGGCAGGAGGGACAGGGCAGCACAGAGCCCCCUGAAGGCAAGAGCCACCCCGGGGCCCCGCAGCAGCACCCAGCGGGGAGGAGCCUUCCCCGGGGCUCGCUGCCCCACUCCUCCAAGCCGCUCACGUCCUUCCUCAUCCAAGACAUUCUGCGGGACGGUGCCGACCGCGGAGCUGCGGGGAAAGGGAGGAAGAGCCGGGGAUGCUGCGGUGCCUCUAGCCCGGAGCCUGCGCUGGACGGUGCAAGCUCCGCUCCCCGGGAGCCAGCUGGGAAACCCCUCCCUGAAGGGGUCCCCCUGCCACCCCCGGAGCAGCCCGGAGAGCCAGCCGCAGAGGCAUAUACGGAGACCAACCUAUCAGACUGUGAAAACCCUCUGAAAUCCUCACCGAGCAACCAAAGGACCCCGAAGCAGCAAAAGCGCUCACGGGCAGCCUUCUCCCACACUCAGGUCAUUGAGUUAGAAAGGAAGUUCAGUCAUCAGAAGUAUCUGUCUGCCCCGGAGCGAGCCCACCUGGCGAAGAACCUGAAGCUCACUGAAACCCAGGUGAAAAUCUGGUUCCAGAACAGAAGGUACAAAACCAAAAGGAAGCAACUAGCCUCAGAACUCAGUGGACUUGAUAAGAACUCAGUUUUCCCAGUCCUUAAAGAGGAUGAUGUCUCCAGGGCCUCUCUGAUUUCUGUGUAUAACAGCUACCAGUACUAUCCAUACCUGUACUACUUGAAUGGCUGGAGUCCCUCUUUGUGGUAACUACAGCUAAAGACUUCAAUUUUUCCAAAGAGAAGCUCUUUUUAUUUUUACUGUUUUGCUUUUUCUAAUAAUGGGUGGGGGUGGGGUUGGGGUUGAAAAGCACUUCUAACCAUAUUUUCAGUGAUGCCGAGCACCCUGCAUGUCCUUUUCCCUUCCAGGGACUUGCAAGGUUCUCGACGCUGCUACAAGUCUAGGAUAACAUUUUCCAAAGCACCUGAUAAUAAAUGCCAUGCUCUUGUUGUAUAGCACUUUCCAUUGGUAGAUCUUACAGUGCUUUAGAAAGGAUUACAAUCUCCAUUCUGCCGAUGGGGAAACUGAGGUACGGAGCAAUGAAGUGACUUGUCCAAGCCCACCCAGCGGCAGAGCCAGGAACAGAACCCAGGCCCCCGAGUUACAGUCCAGUGCUCUAUCCACUACAGUGGAUGCCUCUUUCUCACUGAAAAAGUCAAUAUGAUUUGGGGCUUGGCUACACUCGAAACUCCAAAGCGCUGCCGCGGGAGCGCUCCCACGGCAGUGCUUUGAAGUGCGAGCGUGGUCGCGGCGCCAGCUCUCUCCCAGCGCUGCAGGUU